AUGAAGGUGGCCUUCCUCAUCAUCGCCAAUGGUAUCAUGAUCGGCUUCCAGACGCACCCGGAGUUUGAAGACUGGGAAGGAUGGCCCACACUGGAGCUCGUGUUUGUGGUCGUGCUCAUUCUGGAAUGUGUGCUGCGGAUGUUUGUUCUAGGCUGCCGGCGGUUCUUUUGUGGCUCGGACCGCCUCUUCAACUGGUUUGAUCUGUUCCUGUCCCUGUCGGGUUUGGCGGACGUCUUUGUCCAGAAGGUGAUGGGAGAACAGUCCGACAUGCUAGGUAUGUCCUUGCUGCGUUUCUGUCGACUCAUUCGGCUGGUCCGGGUUGUGAAAGUCUUCCGCCUCCGCUGCAUGAAGGAGCUGCGACUGAUGGUCAAAGGCCUCGUUGCCGGCUUCCGCACACUAUGCCUAUCUUUCGUGCUUCUCGUGGCGGUUCUCUAUGUGAUCUCUGGCUUUGCUACAAUGACGAUUGGUAGUGAUCUCCGCACCACGGAGAUGGGCUUGAUGAUUCAUUUUGAGACUGUGCCGGCGUCCAUGUUUACGGCCUUUCUGUGCUUUGCCGGCGAGUGCAUUGAUCGUUCAGGAAGGCCGAUCCCGACUCUGAUGGCUGAAACUUACGGCUUUCCCUUUGUGAUGGGGUACGUCGUGAGCUACAUGUUGGUCUCCAUGGGUAUCUUCAACGUUAUUCUGGCAGUCUAUGUUGACAUCACGAUGAAGGCGGCAAAGGAGACGGAAGCCGUCACUGCAGAACAGCAUGCACGGGAGUCGAUCCGGAUUGCGCGAACCACGCGCGAGUUGCUGAAAAAGUUCGCUGCCGCUUACCGCCUCUACCAAGACGCGGAAGAGUCCAACAAGAUGUCGCAGCUCGAUUUCAACACGGGAUCCAUACAAUUCACGGACAACGACAUCCACGCCCAGAUCGCCAUCACCAAAGAGCUCUUCCUUCUGGUCAUCCAGGACCGACAUGUACAGAGCCUCAUGGACGAUCUCGACCUGCCCCCAGACCGAGCCAACCUCUUUGAGGCUAUCGAUGCCGACGGCAGUGGCACCCUGCACGUGACCGAACUCGUUCAGGGCCUGCUCCAGAUUCGCGGAGAAGUCAAGAAGAGUGAUGCAGUAGCAACGCUGCUCUCGACCAAAGCUCUACAGCACAUGGUCGCCGAGAUGCGCGAAGAGCUUGGCGCGAAUCUGCAAGAUCUGAGGACGACUCUCCGGGAGGAUACGCAAUCGAAGCUGGAUGAUUUGCAUGCAGCGUUAGCGAACUGUCAACAUCGUGGUGAUGGCCCACGGCGACUGCGUUCAGCACAACUAAACUAA